CCCAAAUUAUCGAAAUUAAGCAUCUUUUAUUGUAUUAUUUUCCCCCGCAAACUCUCAAGAAACAUGAAAUUUCUCAGGAUUGUCCUCAUGUUUGCCUUGCUCAUGGCCUUGGCCAUCACUCUCUCCGCCACACCAUCUAAAGAUGAAUCAUUUGUUGACAGUGAUGGUGGUGAUGAUGAUAACGAUGAUCAUAGCCAAGUCGAACCAACUUCUCUCCGAGAAAUUACCAGCCGGUUUCUCGCACAAAAACCUCGGACAGUGAUGACGUGUAAUAAAUACCCCAGAGUGUGUCGUGUGGCGGGCAGUCCGGGGCCUGAUUGCUGCAAGAAAAAAUGUGUGAAUGUGAAGACAGACAAACUCAACUGCGGAAAGUGUGGUAAGAAGUGUAAGUACUCAGAGAUUUGCUGCAAAGGGCAGUGUGUGAACCCAAUGUCUCACCAAAAACAUUGCGGGGGUUGUAACAAUAACUGCAACAAAGGAAGUAAAUGUUUGUAUGGAAUGUGCAGCUAUGCAUAGAAACAAUUCAUCGCCACACCUCUUCUAGAUAUUGAUCAAAUGAUCAGAUAGCAUUUAGUACAUGUUUAGGUCAUAUAGUCAUUUGAAUUAUACUAUAAAUAAAGGCGAGCCAUCACAAUUUGGUAGGUUUCGCCCAGAUGUAGAUUUUUUAAUUUAAUGCGCUUGAGGGACAUCAAGGCCUGGUUUUGAAUCAAGCCUUUCCCUUCUCCUUACUUGUACUAAGACUUUGUUUUCUAGG